UUGAGUUUUUUGGUUGAGCUAGUUCAUUGGCAUUAUGUAUACCUGCAUGACCAUUUCAAUUCUGUUUGGUGCGGAUCGAUGCUCAUAGCCUUUAGAUAUAUGCAUGCAGGAAUUGGUGAUCCCGUAGAUCUCUCUCUGCAAGAUGCAGCCAAGGACACGUGGAGGAUAAACUAUCAUGGUCGUCAUCUUCUCUAUAUUCGCCAAGCCAUUUGCGAUCACAAAGUAAGGGUGGAAGGUUACUUUGUUUGGACAUGCAUAGACAACUUGGAAUGGUCAAGCGGAUAUACCAUAAGAAUGGGUUUAUACAACGUAGACCGCAGCACGAAAGAGUUGACAAGAAGUCCAAAGUGGUCAGCUAAGAUAUUCCAUGAUUUCCUGAAUAGAAAUGGCCAUUCCCGUGGAGGAGGAGGUCACGGUGAGGGUGGUGGUGAUGGAAUUGUUCCUGAUGUUUGCAGAAGAUUAAUACCAAUACGACCCAAAACUGUUACACAUGAUGAACUUUAAAUAAGUAGUUCCCGUCGUUUGGCAAUGUGCCUGCAUGUUAUGUGUGUGUCUUGUGUUGUACAAUAGAAUGAUAUCUGUUUG